AUGCCACCAGACAUGGCGAUCAACAUGCGCCGCUCGAAGCUGAAGGCGGCAGAAGCGGCCCUCCUCUCCGGUGAGCUGAAGAAGCCUACCUGGGAGUCCAGGAACGAAGGCAUCCAUGAGAGAGUCAGCUUCGAAGACGCCAUCUGGGGAUUCGACCUUGCUGGCGGGUCUUACUAUAAAACUCCUCUCAGAGUCGUUUCUGUGAAGCCAGACAGUCGUGCGGCCAAGGCCGGUAUCCGGCCGGGAGACAGGUUGAAGAGGAUCAACGACAUCGACACCUCCACGCUGACCAUCCAGGAGGCCCAUAAGAUCAUCAUUGACUCCGGCAUACACCUCAAAAUUGCUGUCACUGCGCCAGAGGACGAAGAAGACUCCUACUACUGCUACGAGGAUCCAAUCGAGGAAGGAUACGACAGCGAGGAGGAAAGGAGGAUUGAAGAGGAAAAAGCGAGAAAACGAGAGGUCCACGCUAAAGUUAGCUCUUACUGGAGUCUGCAAUGGCCGUGGGUGAGCAAGCGCAGGAUCAUCUACAGAGAAUCCAACUGCUUCAUGGUACCCAGCAAGUUUGAGGAGAAACAUAAAUCAAAUUUUCCUACACAGCCGAUGAUUAAGACGCAAGAAGACAUCGUAUUAGAAAGCAUAAAAAGCAAAAAUGAGCCUCAAACUCCAGUGACACCUACAAAGGAGCCCUAUCCAUUUCCAUAUGAGUUGAGUAAAAAGACUGACCAACCCAACUGGCUCAAGGAUAUGGAGAAAAAUACCACGCCGUCUGUUAAUGGCUCCAACGAGACAAAACCCCAACUAAAUGGUACCCUUAAUGGAAUCCCAGAAGAUGAAGAACUAUCUCAAAGUGAAGAAAUGAAUUCUAUAAAAGAAGACUUAACAGAUGAUGUGUCACAAAACGAUGAAGCUAUAGAAUCGAAAGAUGAAUCUCAAAACGAUAUUUCGGUUGACGAAAGUAACAUAGAGACUAGUGAAAAUGUUGAAGCAAGUGGUGAAAAUAUUGAGACUUCUCAAAGUGAUGAGAUUAUGGAAGAGAAAAGUGAAGAAGAUCAACCGAAUGAUGAUGAUGUUAUCAAAGAAUUACUAGAAGAUAGUACUACGAAAAUUGAUGAAGAAAAUAUAAUAGAUAGUAUUUUAAGUGAUGGGGAAGAACAAAUGAACUCUCAUUCGGAUGAAAGAUAA